AUGUCCGUCGGAUCAAAUAACCCUAUGCCGUCGAAACCUUACUCCAGAUGGAUGGUUGAAAGCGUCAUUUGCAGAAAGCAGGGCAUUGUAUCCACCGAGAACAAUGAGUCGGGCAUCUGGCUAGAGGUCGGCUUCUUUCAGAUCGCCUUGCUCAGGGUCUUAAACCAAGGCGGUCUAGAUGUAUGCCGGGCCCUCAGUACACCGCUGGAACUCCCAAAUUUCCAAGAACUUGCGUACGACCAUCUUGAGAGGGGUUCAGCCAGCGUUGUUUCUUCUUUACUUGAUCCGGCGAAUGAUGCGAGACUACCCUUGGAUCGGUUCACCCUUGAGGAUGGUUGGUGGGCCAUCAAGCAGUGUGCGAAAUACCGCCUUUCAGGCAACUCGUUGUUUGUGGAUGCAUUGUCCGCGCUCUGGAAGUCGAUACCGAUGCAAAGUCGAAACCAGCUUGGGGGCUACUGGUUUUUCCACUACCCAAAUUGGAGCUACCUCGACGGGAUGUACAUGAUUGUCCCUUUCCAAAUCAAAUACGCCAGAGCCAUCACUCCCGCUGACACCGAUACAACAAACGCAGACAUUCUUUACCAACUGAAUCUACUGUGGUCCCAUUGUUACGACUCACGGACCGGUCUUCUGACUCACGGUUAUGAUGCAACAAAGACAGCCACAUGGGCUGAUCAGACUUCCGGUCGCAGUCCAGUUGUCUGGGGAAGGGCCCUGGGAUGGUACUCCAUGGCGCUCGUGGAUGCGCUAGAAACGAUCUCACUUGACCACGAGUCAUCGGAGUGGCUUUCUUUGCUUCAACGCUUUCAAGACUUGAUGGAUUCGGUUGUAAAGCACAUUGAUCCAGAUUCUGGGUGCUGGUGUCAGGUUGUGAGUGACCCCGGGAGGGAGGGAAACUACGUUGAGUCCAGCUGUUCGGCCAUGUUCGUCUAUUGCCUUCUUAAAGGUGUCAGGCUUGGGCUGUUCAAGAGUAAGGACAUCGGGCCAAGUGGAAAUACCUACGCUGGGCUCGCAAGAAGAGCCUACACGUAUAUUGUCGACAACUUUGUGAUUCGAAACGACGACGGGUCCUUGAGCUAUGACGGAACAGUUGCAGUGUGCAGCUUGAACUCGGCGGCUAAUUAUGAGUAUUACAUCAACCAACCAAAAAGGUAUGAUAGUGUUCUCGGAACAGCAGCUUUCAUCCUCGCGAGUGUCGAGGCAGAGAACUAG